AUGGCUUCAGUCGCAGUUGCAGUCGAGAGACAGACAACCUUCAGAAAUGUCAUCAUUUCUGGAGGUGCCCGCGGAAUCGGUCGAGCAUUUGCACGUAUGUUCCUCGAAGCCGGCCACCGCGUCUACAUAUUCGACAUCGACGAAGAUGAGCUCGAGCAUACCACCAAAGUCCAUCUCAAGGCGUACCAUGAGGAUGGAAGGCUUCGGUCCGCACUCUGUGACCUCCGCAAUGUGGAGGACAUCCGCGCCAAAGUCAAGGAGGCGGCCGAGUUCUUCAACUCCCACAUUGAUGUCCUGAUCAACAACGGCGGCAUCGCCUCGCCCUUCUGGAGAGACGGAAAAGAUAUGGAGAAUCCAGACACUAUAUCAGAAUGGCAGGCUUAUAUGGAGACGAAUCUGACAGCCCCCUUCGCCAUGAGCCAAGCCUGCAUACCCUACAUGAAGGCCCGCCUCAGCGACGCACAGGAUGGCGCCCACAAGAUCCAAGUCACAGGACCUUGCAUUAUACAUAUUGGAUCCUUCCGGGCCCAUCAGUCUGACGCCAACCAAGAGGGCUACGCCUCGAGCAAAGCUGGACUCUUGGGCUUGAUGCACUCGAUGGCCAUUUCACUGGGUGCUUUUGGCAUCAGAGUGAAUCUGAUUGCGCCAGGCAGGAUAAAGGUCGCGCAUGAGAGCAAGGAGGGAGAUGAGGCGGGCACGAACUGGGAGGGUCAGAUUAGUGACAAGGAUAUUGCCGACCAUCCCACGAAUCGCGCGGGGAGGCCGAGGGACGUGGUGGAUGCAGCGCUGUACCUUAUCGAUGCAGGUUUCGUGACGGGACAGGAGAUCACGGUUGAUGGCGGGGCACUGAAGAUGAAGAAGCGCAUUACGAUUUCCACGACCCGGUGCUCUUUCCUUGCCUUGCGCCCGCCGCUCACAGCUCGUGUCUUCACCUGCCGGGCCUUUACGACCACCACGCUCCGUCUAGCCAAGAACUCGGCCCUCGAAUCCCUCCAAGAUCUUGCCUCCAAGCAUCAGAAAAGUUGCUCUGAGAAAACAGCAACAUACGCUCCACCUCGUCCAGUGCCCAUAGCUGUACGCGCACAUUUCCACGCCCAUUCGGGAAAUAACAGGCCUGGAGGAUGCAACUGGAAACGCGACACGCUGCUCGAGCCUCUCCAUAUUCGAAAUAGUGUACCUGAACCAAAGAGCCAAGUUCACGGGACAUCGUCCAGCCAUCACGGCAGCAUGACAUCCAGCGUGGAGAUUAUCACGACGCCUACGGCAGACACACCAGGCACAACGCUUCUGCUGCGCACGGCGAGGCAGCACUAUGUGUUUGGCAGUCAGGGCGAGGGCGUCCAGCGUGCUAUGGUGCAGCAGGGCACGCGCUUACUCAAAGCUCAGGACUUCUUCCUCACAGGUCGGACCGAGUGGAAGAACAUAGGUGGUCUGGUUGGGUCGAUACUCACACUGUCGGAUUCGGCGACCAAUUCGUAUUCGACGGCUUGGGAGGUCUGGAAUAAGAAUAAGAAGGGGGAGGAGCCGUCGAAACCACAUUUCAACGUUUAUGGCCCGCCGAAUUUGAAGCAUGCGAUUAGUACCUGUCGGAGGUUCAUCUUCAGGACAGGCGCGCCUUUAGUGGCGACUGAGUAUAGUGGCGAAGCUCCGGAAAAGCAUAGCGAUAAUGGGGAUAUUCUACCGAGCUGGGAGGAUUCGAACAUUCAGGUCUGGGCACUCGCCGUUUCACCUGCGAACCAAGAGGUAGAUGCGCAAGCCGAAGCUGACCUUGAAUCUCGACGGCGAUUCUACGACGCAAAUCUGAACGCGUUUGAAGAACACCAGGCGUCGGAAAACGAAAGCACAGCAGACCGCGAGGCGCGGUACGAUCGCAUUCGUGCACUCACUGUCAAGUACAUGUUUGACUCCAACUGGAGCUUCGACAAGCUUGUUGAGCGACACAUCUCAGAAGUAGAGACAACAACUCCCAUGUAUGUUCGCAACCACGACACCCAUGGCUAUGUGCCCUACACGGGUCCCAAGCCAGGAGGCCAGGACGCUCUUCCAGACAUCACCGUGUGGACAAGAACGCCAUGGCCUGGGGCUAAGAUCAUGGCUCUCCCACCUACGAAACCGGCCCCUCAGUGUGUGUCGUACAUUGUUCGCACGUUCCCUGCUCGCGGCGCGUUCGAUGUCAAGCGCGCGAAGGAGCUGGGCGUCAAACCUGGUCCGACUUUUGGGAAGCUGAGUUCAGGCGAGUCGGUUCAGAACGAGAAGGGGGAGUGGAUAACGCCUGAUCAGGUCCUCGGACCUGAUAAACCUGGGCAAGGUAUCGCCAUCUUGGAUGUUCCUUCUAUUGGCUAUCUCAAGUCCAUUGUUCAGCGGGAAGAAUUGACCUCUGCUCAGGUCAUGAGCGGUAUUGGAGCUGUUGUUUGGAUUCUGGGUCCUGGGCUCGCUAGCCAUCCUAUCCUUCACAACUUCAUGAACAAGUUGGCCAAUGUCGAGCACGUAAUCUCGUCUGUGGAUAGUUGUCCAAACCGUUUGACGUUCGACUCAGUCGCUGGUCAGACCACGCGCUUAGCUCAUGUCGACCCAACGAGAUACACCAUCCCCAUGCAUGACUGCAAAACGCUCCCACAGAACAGUCUAUACGGUUUUGGUUUGGUCAAUUCCAGUCCAUUGCCCAAAGAAGCUGUUGUUGCUGACCGCGGUAUGACCUUCACACUGAUGCCCAAGUUCGUCAAGAAAGCAGAUAGCGUAACACCCCUCUUCAAUCCUACAACUGCGAUGGAGCAUCUGUCCCCAGAAGUCAUCGAGCUGGCAAAAUUGGCCCAACAAGCCGUCAAAGAUGACCAUAAAUCGAUGCAGACUUGGAGACAGCUAGUCGCACGUCCCGACACAGAAGUCACGACCCUCGGGACUGGUUCAGCGCUGCCGUCCAAAUACCGAAACGUAUCGGCCACUUUGGUGCGUGUCCCAGGCGUCGGAAACUACCUUUUCGACUGUGGCGAGAACACUCUGGGCCAGCUUCAGCGAAUGUUCCAGCCUGAGGAGCUCGUUCAAAUCAUCAAGGAUCUGCGCAUGAUAUGGAUUAGCCACCUGCACGCGGACCAUCAUCUUGGCACAGCAUCUGUAAUCCGGGCUUGGUACGCCAUCAAGCACGGCAGCGUUCCAAACUCUAAACCGUUCGACACAUCUUCGCUGGUUAGCAAUGCCAGCGAAUACGGCCUCUCCAUUAUCUCGCAUCGCGGCAUGAUCCAAUGGCUCCACGAGUACUCAUCCGUCGAGGACUUCGGAUACAGUCGCAUCCUGCCCCUAGAGAUCACGCCCGUCGAAACUUCUCAGAGCUCAGGGUCCUAUCUCUCCGUUGUCAACGCGCUGCACCGUGAAGAAUCGGGAAAGAAGAUCGAACAGAAAGACUACGAGACUCUCAUUGGUUUCUCAGACAUACAGUCCGUUAAGGUCUCACAUUGUCACGGCUCUAUGGCCGUAUGCGUUACUUUCCCACCUUCGUCGUCGGAUCCUGCGCAUGUCAAGCCGUUGAAGGUCAGCUACUCGGGUGACUGCCGUCCGUCGUGGCAUUUUGCUACCGUUGGCCGCGAUACGACGGUGUUGAUUCAUGAGGCGACGUUCGACGAUGAACUGGCGGGCGACGCAAAGGCGAAGAAGCACUCCACCACGAGUGAGGCGCUGCGGAUUGGUGCAAAGAUGGAAGCCAAGACAGUGGUACUCACGCACUUCAGCCAACGAUAUCAGAAGAUCCCCGUGCUGCAGACAGUGCAGGACGGCGAACAGGAAGACACUAGCACCCAGGCAAAAGAGAGCGCCGAAGACGCCGUCCACGACGAAGAAGGCGACGGCGACACCACAAUGGGCAACCCAGACAUUCGUCCCACGCCCGCAUCUACACCUGCACCUCCGCCCUCCCUCCCCCUUCAAACCUCCUCACUCCAGCAAAACGGACGUAUAGUACGCAUCCGUAACAAGGACAUGAAAGUCGCCAUUGCAUUCGACUACAUGCGCGUCAAGAUCGGCGAGAUCGUGGAGUUAGACAAGUUCAACGAGGCGCUCAAUGAGCUUUUGGUCAAGGAGAAGGACGAUGAGGUUGUGCUGGGGGAGGGGGCGGUGAAUGGCAAUGGGAAGAGGGGGAGUGAGGAUGAACAGGCGGGGAAGAAGAAGAAGGACAAGAAGAGUAAGCGGAAUAAUUGA